CCCGUUCGCUCAGCACGUCAGAGAGCCGGCAGCCCGCAGAUCGUGAGCUGCUCCGCAGCCUUUUCACUUUCCGCUGUCCGUAAAUCGUAGGUCGCCAGCCCGAGCGAAGCGCGAUCGAGCGAGCGAGCGCGCGCGCGCACGCAGCCGAUAAAGCACACAAGAGGGCCCGUAAGCAAGAGGCAGAGAGAGGGAGGGAGAGAGCGCGGGAGGAUACCGAGAGUUGGGAACAAGAGCCAGGAGAGAAAGUUGAUAGGACCAAGAUUAUGACGACCAUGACUACCGCUGGCGUGGGGGGAGGUGGGAACGGGACGACGGAGAGUGGGGGCUGCAGCGCGGAACAGAUACCGAAUCCAACAACACCGCCGGCCCAGCAGCAACAGCAUCAGCAUCAUCCGCCUCCAUCGCCUCUUAGUGGAUGCUACCUCUUGGUGGUGCUUCCCGAACCUCAUACCGCACAACAUAAGGAUCUCAUCUUGAAUCGACUCGCUAAAGGUUUCCUGUCGUGGGACAAGGAUAGUUGUCACGUAGAUCUUGAAAAAGAAUUGCAAGCACUGGUGGCACAGUCUCCGGAAGGGGAGGAAGCCAGAAAUGGAGAGCGUUUAAUUCAAUAUGCAACGGAGAAUCUCGUAACCGAAGUUCUCAUCUAUCCCCAAAGCAAUACCUUACUACAAUGUAUUCGCAAUCUCCUCGCAAGUUUUACGAAGCAUCGACACAUCAUUCACGCUGGAUAUACAUUUGGUGGAAAUGGUUCCUGGAUUCUGCAGGAUGGAACCUUCAGCCUUCCCGACUUUUUAGAUGCAUUUAGCGAGCAUGAAGUGCAACGAGUGCUUCGAGCUUACGAGAAUAGUGUUACUGUAGAUAUACAUUGCGCUGGUGUAGGUGAUUGGACGACAUUACGACUUUCUAAGGAAGCUUGUACUAGAGCGUGUCAAGUAAGAAUCAACCCCGACGAUGUUCUCACAGCUGGUGUACCAGCAAUUACAAGUUUUACGAACUACAUUGGACAGUAUAUGGUAGCCCAAACUCUGGAUCAACUCAUGGAACCGUCCGAUGUUGUUGGUAAUAUACGUUUUAGUCAUCCAACUCUGUAUGUCUUCCCUGGCGGAGAAGGAGAUGCCGCUUUAUUUGGUAUAAAUGGAUUCAAUAUGCUGGUCGAUGGAGGUUUUGCGCGUAAGGCAUGCUUUUGGGACUUUGCCCGUCAUCUCGAUCGCCUCGAUGCAGUACUCGUCACGCGAGUAAAUAACAGUAAUGUUGGUGGCAUGUCCAGUGUUCUUCAGAAAAAGAAAGAAAUGCACGUUUAUCCGCAAAUAGGACAUUUCUUUUGCAAUCUUAUUGAAAGAAGACACUCGAAUUCUCCCGAUGGUGACAAAGACACAGAUCCACUCGUUUUAAAUCUAAUUGACAUAGGACAAGAAAUGAUGGUUAAUUUACGUCACAUAAACCUUCGCCCACAUCCUUGUUAUAGGGAUCCAGAGCCAAUUAAUUUAUAUCAUAAAGUUGGACACGGUACUUUAGAUAUGUAUGUUUUAAGUCCAAACAAAGACAGUCGCGAAGUUCGCGAAUUUAUGUCAAAGUGGAACGCAUCGGACUCGAAGCUUUUCGCUGGCUCACACAAAAAAGACUCCAAUACAGUUAUAUUUCCAGUGCAAAAUUUAGUCUCGAUUUGUGCAUUGCUCGUAUGGCAACCGGCAAAUCCAGAAGAUACAAUCACUCGCAUUCUUUUUCCCGGGAGUACCCCACAACACAAAAUCUUCGAGGGUUUCGAACGUCUGAGACACUUGGAGUUUCUAAAACAUACGGUUUGUACAGCAAAAAGCCUGUCACCAUCGUCAUCACUCGUAACGCUUAAAGAUAAGGCUGGAAUUUUUAAACCCAAAUUGGGUUCGAUAGAGCGUGAAACUAAACGAAUCACCGAAUUAAGAAAGGAGAAGAGAGACACUUCGGAUAAUAAGGCUGUGAAAAAAGAUUCGCCAAAAAUAGAGACUAAAGUAAAAAAAGUUGUGGAAAACAAAAAGAUUGAAUCCGAAACGAAGGAAAUUAAGAGUAUGGAAAAGGAAUUAAAGGAGACGAAGCGAGAAAUAAAAAAAGUGGAAAAAUCCGAACGAUUUGAAUCAGAAACGAAGAAGACUGAUGCGAAGGUCGAAACCGAAAAGACUGCUAUUACAAAGGAAAAUAAAGUGCAAAAAACUGAUAUUAAGAAAAAAGAAAGUAAAGAAAUGACCAAGCCAAUUGUUAAAGCAAGUAAACCCGAAAGCGUAAUAAAAACUUCAUUAAAAUCUAUUGAAAAGAAGCUGAAGCCCUCCGUAGAGAAGAAGGAUAUUAUGAAAUCAUCCCCCACCACACCAAAAAAAUCCAUGAAUGGAGCAGCGACAAAAACAGAAAUUUCAAAAGCUGUCACGAAAUCGACAAAUAAAAUUGUACCGAAAACUCCAUCCGUAGCUCCUGCUAAAAGCACAAAGGAUGCAAACAAUCGUUUAGUAGUCGAACGAAAAAAUAUCGAACUUUCAUCAAUAGCAGGCUCUGGUGGGCCAACAGCUGGAGCAAAAGCAAUUACGAAAACAAAGCCAGCAGAGCGAAAAUCUAUUAGUCGUCGGGCGAAACCGAUGAGUCCUAAUAAAGCACGACUACCUAUAAGUCCCGCAAAAUCUACAAGAAGUACACCGACAGCUUCCAUAAAAUCUGAGAAGGAUGCCGUAAUUCGAAGAAUAAAGGGAGAAACAACAGACUCGUCCGCCGUCUCGACACCUUCUGGAAUCGAUCCUGAAUCUGCUAUCAAAUUAAUAGAUAAGAACUUAACGGAAAGAUCAGAGGACAUUUCACUGGAUUCUAUAGAGAGUAAAGUAUUGGAUGAUUUAAAGGAAGAGCGAGAGGUGGUCGAGGAAAUUGAAGCUGUGUUGCAGAAAGCCGAAAGAAUCGAAGAAGCUCGAAAAGAGGAGCCUUUCGAUGGCGAUGAUGAUAUAACGGCAGAAGCGAUUGAUAAGAAAGAAGAAGAUAUGACCGAGGAUGAUGUUACCGCAGAAAUGGAUGAGAUGACAAAAAAAAUUUUAAGAAAGGAAAGUCACGAGUUAACGGAAGAGGAUGAAUAUUUAAUUGUUGAAAAGGAAGAAAUUUUUACAGAAGAUUCGGUGCAAAGUGGCGAAGCAGAGCAUAAACAUCAUCUCGACGAAUUGGAAUCUGAAAAAAAUCGAGUGAAAAUUGACGAAAUUUCGGAGGAAAGAGUAUUAGAUCGGGGAGAAGUUAAGGAACUUAAUGAAGAGAAGAGUCAGGAUGUGGCAGAGAAGAAUAUCGACGAGCCAAUAAAAAGACAGGAAAUUAGAAAAUCAAUAGAAUUGCCUGCCGAGGAUAGGGAGCACUUGAAAGAAGAAAUGCAACAAAUAAUUGUUUCGGCUACCGAGGUAAUACAAAAGAUCGAGAGCAAGGACAUUUCAGGGAAAAAAGAUGACGACGAUAAUGAGAAGGAUCCUAUAAGCUUGAGUCCUAAUAAAUUAGAAUCUCCGAAUAAAGCCGAUGCGGAGCAAAGGGGGCUAAUUCCAGAAAAAUUGGAGGAAUCGCAAGAGCGUGUUUCAACCUUGGAAUCAGGAGCAACAACGACUGCGCCAACAUUACCAGAAGACGAACGAAUUCCGCUUGAUGAUAUUAAGGAAGACGCGGAUGAUAAACACGUUAUACAAGUAGUGAAAGAAAAGAACAAUCUAGAUAAGCAAGAAGAAAUAAUUCCUGAAAGAGUGGUGAUUGCCUCGAGGCCGGAAGUUAAAGUUUUGGACGUGCAAUCGUCGGUUAAUCGUGGAAUGGUGAGAGAUAUUGUUAAAACGCCAGACGAAGUUGCCGAUUUGCCUGUUCAUGAAGAAGUCGAUCCUAAGCUUUACAAAGUGGACGACUUGCAAAAGGAAAGAAAAAUACCAAUACAAAAGGAAUUAAUACAACGUGCGAAGGAUCCGCCAAUUUCUCCUCCCGUUGUUAAAGAACACAAGGACAAGGGGGUGUUUAGUUUCUUUGGGAAAGUAGCCGAUAAGCUGGAAAAAGGUAUUGAUAAAUUAACGAAAAAAUCUAGGCGAGACUCGGAUAAAGAAUCCGAAGAUAAGUCAUCAAAGUCAAGCUCACCGAAAGACAUUAAAAAUAUUGAAAAGCCAGUAUUUGAAGAUAUUGAUGUGGAAAAAGUUUUCCCAAAGGUCGGAAAAAUUGAAGAGAAAGUUGAAAGCUUCGAAUACAUACAACCAGAUGUGUGCAAUAUUAAAGAUGCGAUAAUUAAGGAGACCGCGACUUUUUUGCAAGAAGAAAUAUCAAAUGUGAAGGAGAAUAUAGUGGAGUCAAACUCUACGGUGGGCCAACAAUUAAAAAUAGAUAAUAUAGUUAAUGAUGAUAAUAUUAUGGAGCAAGUGAAAGAGCAGAUUAUAGAAGAUAAUGAAGAAGUCGAAGCAUUUGCUGAUGAAGCGUCUAGGAGAUUUAAAAAUGUAAAAGAUAGCUUGCAAGAUUCAUUAGAUUCGCUGGAAGAAAAGGCGGAUGAUGUGAAUAAAUCGACCGCAGCGACAAAAGAUACAAUAGCAGAUACAUUAACAGGGGUUGCGGCGAAACUCGAGAAUAUCGAGUCAGAUAAGAAUGACUUAAUAGAUUCUAAAGAGCCAGAGAAAGUUAAAUUUACAAUUCCGAGCGAAGACCUUGAGGAUGAAGAAGACGACUCUCAAAUCCCAGUCCGAGAUUUUAAAGAGGCUGUGCGAGAUGUUGCCGAAGUCCUGGUGGGUACGGCUGGUAUUGAAAUCGAGAAGGAAAGUAAACGUAAAAAUGUUGAAGAAAUAGUGAGCGAAGUAGCGAAAGUACUUAAAGAAGAGGAUGAUUUUCUGUCGGAAAAGGCGCUUUUUGCAAACGAACGAAAACCUUCGAUUAAACGCGAUAGUACAAGUUUCGAGGUAGCCGAAGGCGUUACAUUGCCUAAGGAAUUAGAGAUUAUUGAAAGCGCUGCUUCUCGAGAAAAGUUGAAGCAAUCAUUGGCAAACGAAGCGAGUACAACAUUACCAUUACAUUCUGAAAAAAUUGAAAAAGAUGAAAUCGUCGAAGAGCCUUAUAUCGAAAUUGUUAAUAAAAAAAAUCUAACAGCAUCUCCAACUAAUGAUGCCGAUUCAGAUGAAGAGGAUAUUAAGAAACUCUGUGAGGCCAUUAUGGCGGAUGAUAUUAUCAAAAAGCCGGCUGUUUCUGUUGAGUGUGAUACUAGAGUAGACGUUAUGGACUUGGGUCUAGAGAAAUUAUGUAUAAAAGAGGUUGCACAUAAAGAAGUUCGAGAUGAAAAUUUCGAUGAGGAGCAAAUAAUAGUUGCGCCGGAAAUCAAUUUUCAACAGAAUAUUUCACCUGAUAAAGCUGAGCUUGUAAUUGUCACACCAGGUUCCACACCAAGUUCGCCUAAAUUUGCUACGGAGCUAGGUUUAUCCGAGCUUUCAGCGAAAAAUAUGGAUAUAUUUAAUAUGGAGAUGAAUUUAGAGAAUAUUAUCGAAGAAUUUAUUAUGGUAAGGAAACAAAAAAUUACGAUGCAAGUUUUGGAUUACAUUGCAAACGUAAAAUGCGUGCCUAAAGAAAAAGUAAUUAAUAUUAUUCAAGAAAUUAUUACUAAAUAUGAGAUUCCUGUUGAAGACGUUACGGAUAAUCUUGAGAUUUUACAAGCAUACGCGAUCGAUGAUAUUUCUAAAAAGUAUUUUGUUUCAAAUGCUAUUGUGAUACAAAUAGUCGAGGAUAUUAUAAUAAAAAUGAAACUUUCUAGAGAAUCUGUUUUUGAUAUUUCUGCAGAGCCAUAUUUUGUAAUACGUAAGGAUGAUUUAGAUGAAGCAUCGCAAUCACAGAUUGAAAAAGAAGAUUUACUUUUGAAUGUUCCAACUACUACUACUACUACUACCACUACUACUACUACUGUAAGCAGAGACCAUUCGCAUAUACCUAUUCAAGAUACAGAUAAGACAGAGUCUGCUUCCUUAAAUGUUGAGGAAUUAGAUGAAGAUAAGAUGGUUGAUAGUUUUGUUAGAAUAUCGUCUACGGAUGCUGUAGAUGCAUUUUUACAGCAAGAGCGUAGCCAAUUACAACUAGAAACAAAAGUUUUACGUGACUUCGAAGCUGUAGAGCAGGAAUAUAAAGUGCAGGGUAUAUCAUCAAUGCCGUCUGUCGAAGAAUUAGGGGAAAUCGAUAAAGAGGUGAAGAAAAUGCCCGAUGAUUUUAACGAUGCAAUUGAAGCUGAUGAAAAAUUCGUCAAAGAGACGGCGGAAAAAUCUAGUAAAGACGAUGAUAUAAUAAUAACUGAUGAAGCGUGUAAAUCAGCCCAUAAGGGUCUCGAAGUUUCGGAUUUACCCGAUGUGGAUACAAACGAAAAAUAUCUUGAUGAAGCUAAAGAGAAAAAAUCAAACGUAGAAUCAUCGUUUAAUUAUGGCAUUAUUUCUUCAGUUUCGAGAUCCGAAGAUUCAGAUAAAGAUAAAAUUACGGAAAAAAUUGCAAAAUUACAAGAGGAACAAGACAAAAUUGCGCGGAAUGACGAUGAAAGAUUGGACAGCUCAAAUGUGAAUGUGAAAGUAGAUGAAGCGCAACAUGAGACGCAAGAACAAAUGGUUAAAAGAAUGGUUGUUACUGCAAGUAGCGAAGAUGGCGGGCAUGAAAUAGAAAUAUGUCCUAGUGGAACUAUUGCAUAUAAAAAAACGUCAUCACCUGACGAGCCAUUGGAAGAGAUUAAAGCAAUUUCACGAAAAGAUUCAUUAGCCUCGGAUGAUAGCGCGACUAAGAAAACCAGUAUUACGUCUGAAAAAUUGGUUCCGGAAGAAGUCGAUAUUUUAACGGAUUGUAAAGUAGAGGAAAGCCUAGGAAUUAAAUCGGAGGUGUCGAAGGACAAAACCGAAUCGAUUGCACCAAGUGUAAUUAGAAAAUCUUCCAUAGUAUCCACAACUGCAACGGAAAUAUUGCCCGAUCGUGCUGGUGAUAUUUCAUUAACGGAAAAUAUGAGCUCACAAUCGUCAACUACACACAUUAUCGAUCAUCCAACGAAAUUGUUAACAAAUAAUGAAACUGAAAUAGAACGAAAACAAUCGCUUGAUAAAGCCAUUAUUUCUGAAAAAGUGCAAGAUGAAAUUCACGAAGAACAUGUGGGUGAUGAUAUAAAAGAUCGGCCAGGAUCAAUUAGUGUUGUGAAGGAAAAAAUUGUCGAUAUGUCCGAUGUGUUUAAACAAACGUCUCCUGACUAUCAAUCAGACGAGCACGAUGCUAAAGGCCAAGCAAUCGGCGAUCAAUCAGAAAAACAUGAAUUAUCAACAAUUACAAUAGAUAAACAGAUGGAGGAAAAGUUACGUAAGGUAUCGAUGAUAUCCACUGAAAAUAUACGAACUAUCGAUGAUACUGUAAUUGCAAGUAGAGAUAGAUCAAAGUCGCCGAGCUUAGAAAAAGAUAUAGAUGAAAAAGAAAAAUUAUCGGAUAGUAAUUACAGUAUGGCUUCUAAAGAUUUUGUUGAAAGAGAAAAGAGUUGUGAGGAACGUUUGGAAGAAGAUGUAGAUUUAAAAGAAAUUAUUCCAACGGAAGUUGCAAGUAUCGUAUCGGAGACAGAUUUGUUAGAAAUGAGAGCAUUCGAUACAUUCGAUCAACAGAAAGAUCAAGAUGAAACUUUCACUAAUGAGUUAUUAACUUGUGAAGAGAAUAUUCAAGAUCAAUGCAAAUUACAAAAGAAUCUUGUCGAGAAAGAAAUGAAAGCCGUCACGGAUUCAGUAAUUGAUUCGAAUAAAUUAAUCGAUGAUAGACAUAUAAUUGAUGCUAAUAAAUCGGACCAAUUUAACUUAUCAGCUGCUGAAGAAGAUAAGGAUUCCAAAGAGCAAUUAGUGGUAAAAUCCAUUACCUCGAGUGAUAAUGAUACAAUUAUUAGUCUAAGUAGUCAAAUAGAUGAGAAAAAGAUUCCCAAUGACACGUUGUUUCCAACAGCUGAAAUAAUCAAAGAAUUUGAAGCUACCGAAGAGAAACCAAAAGACUUAUCUACACUUCCAGAUAGCACGAGCAAAUUAGAUGUAAAGUAUGCUUCACAUGAUAAAUUACCGGAAUAUGAGAAAGAUAUGAUGAGUGAUACAAUUAAAGAUGAUACGAUAGAUCAUUUACAAGCUGCCAAGCCUAGGGAAGAUUCGAUGGAUACAAAGGAGUCUGAGAUUAUAUUAAGUAAAUCGCUUAGAAGUGAUUCAAUAGAUAAAUCCCGUUUAUCGAGCGCAGAUAAUAAAGACGAUAUUUCUGAGAAUAUUAAGCAGUCGAUGGAAAAGGUAGAUGUUGCUAAAUGCGAGGAUAGAUCAAAGUCACCGAGUAGCGAAAGGGAUGAAGUUCAUUUAGCUGGAGAAAUUUUGGUUAGUAAACCCGACGUAAGAUCAAAGUCCAUUAGCAAGGAUGAAGAUGUAAUUUGCAAAUCAACAUCAUUUGAAACGCAGUCGAUGGAAAAGGUAGAUGUUGCUAAAUGCGAGGAUAGAUCAAAGUCACCGAGUAGCGAAAGGGAUGAAGUUCAUUUAGCUGGAGAAAUUUUGGUUAGUAAACCCGACGUAAGAUCAAAGUCCAUUAGCAAGGAUGAAGAUGUAAUUUGCAAAUCAACAUCAUUUGAAACGCAGUCGAUGGAAAAGGUAGAUGUUGCUAAAUGCGAGGAUAGAUCAAAGUCACCGAGUAGCGAAAGGGAUGAAGUUCAUUUAGCUGGAGAAAUUUUGGUUAGUAAACCCGACGUAAGAUCAAAGUCCAUUAGCAAGGAUGAAGAUGUAAUUUGCAAAUCAACAUCAUUUGAAACGCAGUCGAUGGAAAAGGUAGAUGUUGCUAAAUGCGAGGAUAGAUCAAAGUCACCGAGUAGCGAAAGGGAUGAAGUUCAUUUAGCUGGAGAAAUUUUGGUUAGUAAACCCGACGUAAGAUCAAAGUCCAUUAGCAAGGAUGAAGAUGUAAUGUGCAAAUCAACAUCAUUGGAAAAAUCAAGUGAUUCUCAAGACAUUUGCCAGAUCGAAGAUAAGCCAACAUCUCCAAGUGUCAAAAAUGAUUCGCUAAUAAAGGCAACAGCCCCCGAAGAAUUUUCGUCUGACGAUGAAUUAGAAGUGACGGAUAACGUGAUCGGAAUUAAGACUGAUACAGGAAAUGAAAACGAGACGGAGGUUUUAUCUGAAAAAUCAACAGUUAUCAAAGAUACGAAAGAAAUAGUAAAUGAAACUGUGAGUGACAACAGCCACGUUAGUUCUCAAACUCCUGAUGCCAAAAAAGAUGUAAUAUAUAAGGAUGCCGAAUCUCAUAAUAUUCAUGGCAAGACUGCUAAUGAAGUUAUUUGUCCUCUGAAGGAUAAGUCAAGGUCGCCAAGCGUUGAGAAAGAUAUUAUUGCCAUGACAAAAGGGAUUUCCAGUGAAGAAAUUUCUAUUAGCACUGCAUUACAGCCAAAAGAUAAGACGACAGAUGAAAUUAAUGCGAAAAGUGUAAGUGACAAAGGUAUUAAAGAUAAAGAGCAAGAAGAUGUGCCGCUUAUAGAAAGCAUUGAUUAUACCGAAGCGACAAGUCGGAAGUCUAGUCAUCGAUCUAAGUCACCGAGUGUUGAAAAAGAAUCAUUACCAAAGGCCGUAGUAUCGGACGUAUCAUCGGUCACUAUUGCUAACGAAAGGGAAAAUUUUAAUCUAAACAAGGUUCGAGAUACCGAGGAUCGAUCGUUUCAAUUUCAUGACCACGAACAAGCUGAGACAAAUAUUGUAGCAAGUGCAGAUAAUAAAUCAAAAUCACCCAGUCUCGAGAAAGAAAUAGGAAAAAAAGUCUCCUUAACCGAUCAAUCCUGUUUAUCGUCAGCAAGUACAAAAUAUGAAGAUAUUAAGCCAAAUCAAGCUGAUAAUUUAGUUAAAAUGUCAAACUUAUCCGAGGAAGAAUAUAAAACAGGAGAUAGAUUAUUUGAUGAAGCGGGCAAGACAAUUGAUUUUUCAGACGGAGACGAUAAAGAAAAUAUAUUAUUGGAUUUGGAUAGGCACGAAGAUGAUCUAAUGUGUAUUACUGAAGCAUCCGUAGAAAAGAUUGGAGAAAAAGAGGUAAAAGCGAGCGAACGUAAACAAUCAUCGUCGUCUUUAUUUAAGGAUGAUUCUGACGAGGAAAAGUUUUCUGAUGCUACCGAUGAGAAAGCUAAAUGCAGAAAGAUUGAGAUGGAGUCGGAAUCAUUUUUAGAACAGCGCAGUAGGCGAGCCUCGUCGAUAAAAGUAGAUGAAAACAUUGAUGAUUCAUUAAGAGCAUCUGGUUCCGCGUCGAAUAUUGUCUUACCCACACAUUCCACUGAUAUUAAUGAAGAUAAUCGAAAGUUCAGUAUUGCUAGUGAUAAGAAUUACGAGCCUUUCACAAUCAGAUCAAAAUCGGCAAGUAUCGCAAGUGUUAAGUCAAAUGAUAUAGAGGUGUCAGGUAUGUCAAAGUCACCGAGUUUACUGAACGAUAAGCUGGAUUUUGACUUAAUUGACGAUGAGUUGCAGCAGGAACGUGAACAUGGUAAAUCGAACGAAAUGUCACCGGUUAAAUCAAGAUCAUCGAGUGUAUCGGAUAAUAAAAUUCUCACCGAAGAUAAGAAUGAAGAAGGAAUGGACGAAGCGAAGCUGGCAGAAAGCCAUCAAGAUAAACAUGAUUUUCAUAAAUCACCAUCGACGAGUCCGACUAAUGGCAAUGCCCGUGCCGAUACUAUUAUACAGGAAUCGAGUGGCGAGCGCAAAGAAUCAACAGUAAGCAUCGAAAGUAAUGCAGAAGCUAAGAGCAAAGAUCGAUCAAGAUCGCAAAGCCUGUUUGAGGCCGAUGAUAAAACACCGUUAACGCGAUCAAGAGCCGUUAGUUUACACGAUGAUAAGUUGCUUGAAAAGUUGGAUAACUUGGUAUAUAGAAAAGAGUCUAGUGACAAUGUUAAUGUCGCACUCGAUGAGAAAGAUGAAUUAGAAUUAUCUCAAGAUUCCCUCGACGAUCUACAAAAGAAUAUUUUCAAAAGACAUUCGAUUAUUGUCGAUCAAGAUAAAGAAGCUUCGGAUAGUUGUAGCGUAGUAAGGUGUACGACGAUGCCGAACGAAGAGUGCCAAUCAAGAAAAAUGUCCGAUGCAGAUAGGAGCCUUAAAGAUACCAUUAAGAUAACGAAAAAUGUUAGCCCGAGCUCAGAACCAGAGUCAUUGAUUACGUUUGCAUCGGACAGGCCCGAGCCUCAUAUCGACGAAGAGAUUACUAUUUCUGAGAAUAAGCGUGCGGAGGUGGAAAAUCUACUUAUGGAUGAUUACAUAACACGAGCUAUAAAAAUAACCGAGCCUAUAUUAGAUGAAAUUCUUAUGAAGACGUCCUUACCAAAAUACAUAAUACUAGAAAUUAUUGAGGAAAUUCUUAUUAAAAAACAGUUAGCCAUAGAUUCAAUUGCGGAUCAAUCGAUAUUCUAUGAGGAAGACUACGACGAUACACAAUUUAAGUCCGACUCGGAGAGAAAAACAAUAUCUGAAGUGAGCGAACAGAAAUCAUCGGGCUAUUCUACUCCAGAUCGACAGCAUUACGAGGACAAGGAUGGCAAUAACGUCGCAUUCUCGGACUUUGAAAGUCCCUUUCAUAAAGCAUUUAUGUGUGGAAUGACGGAAAUUCGAACAACCCACAUUACGACGCUUUCUGGUAAAUCGACUCCCGACAGUCUAGCGAGAGAUGGUACCCCGGAUUCUGCCUCGGAAAUCGCAAGUACCACGGCAACGACAAUCAACAAGAGUGUGCCUGAGAAAUCCCAAGAGUUGACCGAUGAUAAGGUUACCCAUGGCAAACAAAGGCUAUCCAUAUCUUCGGCCAAUGAAGCAAAAGAGGAGGAGGAUGAAGAAAGUCGAAAUUUGCCAAAGAGUGAUGGAGAUGCUCGUGGCCAAAGUGAUAAAGAGAAGGAUAAUGUUAAUUUAGAAAGCACAAGGAUGACUGGCGCAUGUCCCGAAGAGAGUACAGAUGUCGUGCCCGAAGAAUUAAUUUGUCGCGAAAGAAUGGUUAAGGUUAAAUCGUCGCCAGUAGUCGAAUUGUUAGAAAGAGAAGAAGUAACCGAGGGUAAGGAGAAGAUAGAAAAACGCGAGAUAGAGAAGGAAGAGUCGAAGACUGUGUACGAGGAAGUGAAGCAUGAAAUUUUUAAGGAGAUUGGAGGCCCUAAAACGAAGGAAGAAUUUACAUAUGACGAUGACUUUAAUAAACAAAAUAUUGAAAUUAUAACGACGAAAACCACUAAGACAAUCAUCACUAAGACAGAAUUAGAUUCUAUAUCUCGAAUUAAUACAUUGAGCACGGAUAAUCUAUCUACGGAUAAAAGAAUUACUACGGACAUUAAAGAGGAUGUGUCGAAUGUAAGAUCGAUGCCGACUAGCGGUACCGAGGAUAUCGAAGAAACGCUAAUUCCUUUGGAAUGUCAAGCGAGCGAGCGUCCUCGCAGUUCGUUCUCGAAUCCUUCCAAUCAAGAUAUGAAAACUAUCAUAGGAUUCGAUGACGCUGACGUUAAUGUUAUGAAAGAGGAAAGAAGGUCAUUUACGAGUAAGGACUUGAUGGACCAUACAAUUGCCGAACAACUCGAGCAAUCCGUGUGUCCCCUAAUCAGAGAUCUAAUCAACGAAGACAAAAGUUUAUCCGGCAAAUCGUUAGCGGAUAUUUCAUUACCAAAAGACAUUGGAGAGCACGCGUCUCCCGGAAAAUCACACAUCGACACAGCCAUUUCACCAUUAAUACGAGAUAGUAAUAUAAUACAGUCGCAUUUUUCUGAACGUUCGACGCCUGAAAAGAAAUCGGACGGUCGAUCAAGAACAGCCACGCCCGAAGGUUUUAGAUCGGGUGACGUUAUUCGCACUAUAGUUACGACUACUCGAACCAUGAGUGACGAUGGUGAAAUCAUUACCACUACACAAGAGGUAACCGAGGCUACAAACGACAAAGGCGAAACGAUUGUUCUUAAUGAAAAAACCGAUGUUAAAGUUGACGAGAGAUUGCCGGAAAAUCUUAUUGGCGAUACAAUGUCAAUCGAUAGCGAACGAAAAUUCAGCAUAAGUUCGGAGAAAAGAGAAAGCCAAGAGGAUGAAUCAAGUUCACCAAUUUUAACAACAUCUCAUGAAAGUCAACGGCAAUUAUUUCACAAGGAGGAUUUAGUUAAGAUUUCCGAUGAUUUUGCAACAUCAGCAAUGACCGAUAGUUAUUACGCCCAAGACACGCCCGAGACUACUCGCUCAUCUCGCUUACUAAUCGAAAGCACGGAAAUUAUAGCCGAUUCUCCGAGAGAUUCGCAGAAGUAUAGGGAUGAAGCUGAUGUCGAUUUUGAAAAGUCUUUGAAUGAAAUGAGACGUGAAAAAGAAAGUGAGAAAUGUGACGAAGAGCGCACCGAUCCAGUGGCAAGCAGCACGGUUCGCCACGAGCACUCAACAGCUGCUAAAAAUGUCGAUUCCAAAUCGGACAAUAAGGAUAAUCCUUUAAUGGGCUGGGAUAGUCCAUUGUGUCUUCCGUCUCCGAAACCACCGCGCAAAUUUAAUUUGCGAAGUCCCAUACAACCCUGCAGUUCCGCUGAUUUAAGUCCCGACAGCUUGAAUUUCGACGUCAUCAAUAAUUGGGGCGAGCCAAUGAAAUUACCUUCACCCACGCCGCUCGCUAAUGAAAUUUCAAACAAAGGUUCGCCCGCGACUCCGAUUAAAGAUAGAAAACAAGCGAAAAAAGUGAUAUCGGAAAAUAUUAAGAAUAGAAAGCGUUCCGAGAGUCCUAAUAAAAUUGAAAAAAGAAUUAAGGAGACGAAGAAUAAGGUGCAACCAGUUUACGUUGAUUUGACUUAUGUCUCGCAUCAUGGCAAUUCCUUCUACACGGCCUUAGAAUUUUUCAAAAAAGUCCGAGCACGAUAUUAUGUUUUUAGCGGCACAGAGCCGAGUCGCGAGGUUUACGACGCCCUAUUGGAAGCCAAAAAGUCUUGGGAAGACAAAGAUUUAGAAGUGACGAUGAUCCCGACCUACGACACGGAUACUCUCGGCUAUUGGGUAGCCGAUAACGAAGAGGCUCUCGCUACUCACCACAUCGACCUUUCACCCUCGGCAUCGAGGUGCACGAUUAACCUACAGGAUCAUGAAACCAGCUGCAGCGCCUAUAGACUUGAGUUUUAAAGCUCUUCAGCAAUAAUGAUUACGUGUCAAGUCUCGCGCGUACAGGCCUAACUCCGACGAU